UCCAACGGUCAAAUCUCUCUCUCUCGUUCGUCACUCGUCCUGUACAAUUCUUCUGUGAUUUUUGCUUCUUCGAUUGAAAUUGAAAUCGGGACUAGAUUCCUGAGAUGGGUGUGAAAAAGGGCUCUCGAGAUUCUUCUGAACGGGAGAAAUGGGAUAAAAUCUUCAAGGGUUUGGUCAAGAUCCUUCGGACCAAACAGGAUCAGCUUGAGACCCUCCUCAAGGACAGGAAGAUUCUGGUAGACAGAAUCAACACUCAGCAUGAUCGCUGGAACUCCGACGUUCGACUAUUCGAGGAUCAUAUCUCUAUGAUUAAGAACGAAAUUGAAACGAUGGAUAUGAUGCGAGUGGCUGAAAUCGCGAAAUCGAAUCUGUUGGUUGGAUUGAAGGAUAGGGAUGCUUCUCUCGGCAAAGUGAAAUUGGAUCAUGCUAUGGAUGAGUUGGAUGAUUUUAAAGCCUGGUUUGACUUCCUCACUAUGAAUUCAAAGAAUGAAACUUGCAGUUCUCAAUCUGCAGGGGACAAGUCGGCGGAAACCGAGAUUAGGAAACUGAGACUCGAGUACGGGAAGCUUGCUUCUGACAAGAACUAUGAGGUAUCUUCUCUGUUACGAGAAAAUCUGUUCGCCUGGAAUCAAUUCAAACGCCGAGAAACAGAAUUCACCGAUAAAUUGAGGGAGAAAGACGAUGAGAUCGCGCAAUCAAACGUGAAGAUUUCAAGUCUGGUCUCCCAUCAAGAGCAGCUGCAAUUAUCCAAUGAAGAGAAGGAUGGCAUCGUCUCAAGAUUGAAAGCUAAGGUGGCUGCAAUGGAGGAGGAAGCAAGUGAGAAAGAUCGGGAAAUCUCAAGGCUCUCAAAGGAGCUAGAGUUGGAAAAGAGGUCUCGAACUCCUAAGCUUACACCGGUUUUAACCCGUUGCACGAUUCGUAAAAGCAGCAAGACAGAAGAACCUAGUACUGUAGCUGCCAAGAAAGAUCUGCCUGGUGCAACUGGCCCAGCUUCGUUAAACCAGAGUGAUCAGAGAAGCAAUCGAGCGAAGAGGAAAAACCAGAGUAACACUCUGAGUUCGGAAACCCCAAAGUUGUUCACUUCGACAUUCAAAGUUCCCAAGUUGAAAGCUCCAUCUCCCCAACUAUGACACACCUUAGGAACUUAGUUAGGCAUCUGCAUGUAAGUCUAUCUGUUACUAGGAAACAUCCCUUUUGAUGUAAAUUGUAAAAUGAUGAUUACCCACAUAACAUAUAGCUCUAGGAAACUCUCCCCCCACCUCAGGAUUUGGAUUUUCGGGUAUUAUUUAGUUAGGGAACUCGCCUUUCUUCCGCAACGAGGUAUCACUUCUUUCGUGUUUUGGGAUUCGGGUCGAGAGGAGCAAUCCAGAAAAGAUGGAAGCAACAGGGAGAACGAAGCUUUUGGAUGUGCUUUCCGGGUAUUUAGCUAGGAACCUUACACUGUAUCUGCAACAAUGUGUUCUUUGAGAGGGUCUUCUGUUUUUUUUUUUUUUUUUUUUUUUUUUUUUUGAUGUUUGUUUGUGUUUUAAUUCAUGAUAGAUACCCAAUCAUGAAUUUUAGGGUUUUUUUUGGGUAAAAUCAUGGAUUUUGAGUUGUAGCAGACUUAUGGGUGUUUGAUGAUUGCCUGUGUUUCGACCUCUCUGUGAUUUAUGAUUUGGAUAUAUCAUGUUUU